CUGUCUACAAGGGUGUUUCUUUCAUAAGCUGGAGAUAACACAUAAAUGGAUGAACGAAGGACAAACUGAUUGACAGAUUUACGGAGACUGUAACAGUUGGUUUACAGCACAAAACUCAACAUUUAAAAUGUCAUUACUUUAAAGCACAGAUUUGCAAUCAUGAUUUGGGAUUUCACAUAAUUUCACGAUACGUUGGAUGGUUGAAACUUCUUUCCCGUGGAUAAAAAAUUUGCUGACGUUUGACUUUGGAGGACAUUUUUGAGAUUUUGCGUUGAAAACAUUGAAAAACACCAAAAUGGAUUGCUGAAGAAUUGAAGACAAAGAUCUAAUCACUAUAGAGAAUUAUCAAGAUAUCAAGACUCUGCAUGCAUAGAUCACAAAAAGCAGUGGACUAGAUACGCAAGAUGGAGGAACUUAAAUACAGAGGAAAGAAAAGAGAGGGAAGACACAGGGAUACAUGGGAUCCAUUCCAGCUGAACCCAGUAGGAGCUGAGAAGGAGAGUAAGAGAAGAUGUUUUCAACUGGCCCAGUAUCUGGUGGCUGUUAUUGUGGGGUUAGCUGUCCUGACAAGUGCUGUUGUCGCCAAGGGCUGUCUCUUGGUGUUGUCAACGCUGUCCUCUCCAACCUCCUUGCGAAGUGCAAAGGAAAAACAGUUCUACCUGCUGAUGUUGGUUUUCUGCUUGGUUUGCCCCAACUUCCUGGUGUUUAUUAAGUCGCUGUGGAAAUGCGCCUUCAAGAGCUUUGUACAGCCCAACAUGAAGACCAUGUCAUUUAUUUGUGCUAUUGAGUGUGUGGUGUCUCUUGGCACUUCGGUCCUGGUGCUAGUCGUCAUGCCUCAGUUUGACGUGUUGACUAAUCUCUUCAUCAGUGGAGGAGUCUGUAUUGUGUCUGCUAUUCUGCAGAUUGUUUUCAGACUACAGAAAGAAACUUGGAAAAUUGUAUUCCCAAUAUGCUCCCUCAUUCUCACAGUUGCAGGUUACUGUCUGGUGGGAGUUGACUACUAUGUACGUGUAUCGUCAUUUGUGGAUAGACAGAGCCCCGACUGCUUUGUCUAUAUUGGAAUUGGGAUUUUCUCUUCCAUCCUCAUCUCCUUUUGCUGGUGGGAAAAUCCACUGCAAGCUACUAACCGCAUGCAGGACACACUGUCAGAUUUGGACGGUUUCAGGGACUUUGUGUUUGUCAUCAGCAGCAUUCUGAGGAUAAUCGUGAUAGGAGGAGUAUACCUAUUUUACCAUUUGCUUAUUAAGAAGUCUAUCAUCUGGUCUGACUUUAACAUGGACAGUGAUGACUGGCAGUUACUGCAAAUAGGACUGGGUCUGUUUUUCUUACAGGCAUUCUGUGCAGCAGCCUGCCACUGGUUUGGGGUGGUGGCCUGUAAGAUUCAUGCAGUUAGGAUGAGUUUUGCGCUGCCAGUAUGUUUCACAGGACCUGCAGUACUACUGUUGGGAAUUAUACUUUUCUUGACCCAGGCACAAAAACUGGACGGAGCAGAGCAUGGGAGCAUCCAAGAGUUUUGUGAAAGCUUGGUCUUCCUGAGCCAUCAGAACACAACCCCUGUGGUCUUACUCGAGAUCACCAGGAGCAUCUGUCGUACUUCACUUAACAGCUACUACUUGCAAUGGCCUUUUUCAAUGCUGGCACUGGAGGGAGUGUGUAUGUGGUCAGGCUUCGUCACAUGUACCUACUACGUAUGGAAAAUAAAGGUCCAUCGUAUAGAGAGAACCUCUCAGCUCUUUGUUCGUCGACUCUAUGAAUCUGCUUUCAUUGACCUGUCUCUGCUGCUCAACACCAAGAUGAAGGUAGCACGAGCCAAAAACCAAGAGAGCCAUGAUGAAUUACAGAACUGUGUGAUCUAUCUGUGUGCCACCAUGUGGCAUGAGACCUAUGAUGAAAUGCUGAAGAUUCUCACCUCCAUGUUCAGGUUGGACCGCUAUCGAGGUGAUCCAAAGGAGGAACAUAAGGACUGUUUUGACUUUGAGUGUCACAUUUAUGUGGACGAUGCCUUCAUGACUGAAAAGCACACGGAGAAGAGGGUGGUUAAUUCUUAUGUAAAUGACUUGAUCCAUGUAGUCAUAGAGGUUUACAGGGUGUUUACAAACAAAGAGCCAGAUGACGUGUCAAUCAUUGAGACUCCCUACGGUGGCAGGCUGAUGUUUGUCAUGCCUGAAGGCAACAUGCUGUAUGUUCACCUAAAAGACAAAAGUCUCAUCAGGAACAAAAAAAGAUGGUCCCAGAUCAUGUAUCUAUAUUACCUACUUGGAUGGAAGGGUUACAUCGUCAAGAACCCUCAGAAGAUCCCACGCCAGAAUAACCUAUGCAGAGCCAGUUUGAUCUCUAUAGAUGGUGAGAGUUUCCUGAUGCCUCAGUAUGACAACGACAACAAGAGGAAAUUCAUUGCAGAUGACAACACGUAUAUCCUGGCUCUAGACGGAGACACAGACUUCCAACCUAAAGCUGUGAUUCUGCUUAUAGACAGGUUGAGGAUGUAUGACAAUGUAGGUGCAGCAUGUGGUAGAAUCCAUCCUACUGGUAUGGGUCCGAUGGUGUGGUACCAGAAGUUUGAGUAUGCAGUAGGCCACUGGCUACAGAAGACAGCAGAGCAUGUGUUUGGCUGUGUGCUGUGCAGUCCAGGAUGUUUCAGUCUAUUUAGAGGGUCGGCCUUAAUGGAUGACAAUGUUUUAAAGAGAUACACAACAACUGCAACAAGAGCUUCGGAAUAUGUGCAAUAUGACCAAGGGGAGGAUCGUUGGCUGUGUACUCUGUUACUGCAGCAAGGAUGGCGUGUCGAAUACAAUGCUGCAUCAGAUGCAUACACCAACUCACCACAGGAGUUCAAAGAGUUUUACAACCAGAGGAGACGAUGGGGACCCUCAACACUGGCCAACACACUGGACCUUCUGCACAGUGGUGCAGAGACAGUGAAGAAAAACACAUCAAUCUCCAGGCUUUACAUCUUCUACCAGAUGUUCUCGGUUGGUUCCUCUAUCCUUGGCCCAGCGUCUGUGACUCUCAUGAUAGCAGGUGCCUUCCAGUUUGUCUUCUCAAUGACAGGAACACUUUCUAUCAUUGUCGCAAGCAUUCCUCCCGUGUUUUACAUCAUCGUCUGCUUUGUAGCGAAGGCUAAUGCUCAAAUAACCAUCGCUGCCAUUAUGAGUGUUCUGUAUGCAUUCCUCAUGACAGCAUCCUUCUUCUCCAUCAUCGGGGACAUGGUGCUUCAGGGCACCUUUCUGACCCCUACUGGUUUGUUUUUGGUUUCCAUGGCAAUCAUGUACUUGGUGACAGCCAUACUACACCCAGAGGAGUUUGGAAUGAUCAUCUAUGGUUUGAUGUAUUUCAUCUGUAUCCCCAGUGGAUAUCUCCUGCUGACCAUCUACUCACUGGUUAACAUGCACAUUGUGACCUGGGGUACAAGGGAAUCCAACAAGGGAGGAGGAGAAGUGAAGAAGAACAAAAAUUUGCUGUGUGACAGAAGCUGUAAACUCUGCUGCUGGGACAUGAAAUUACAGAUAACACAGGAAACCGAGAAUCUCAUGCUUCAACAAAUCACAGCCCAGAGUGCCCAGAAAGCCCCUCCCACUUCAAUCACUAACCAGGAAGAAACUCAACAGGCGAACGUAAAUCUGGAGCUUCAAGCCUAUCCUGCCACCACCAAAGAAGAAACUGUAGAAGGAGCUAUGAUACCUCCUACUGAAAAGCCAAACGGGGCAAACAGGGCAGAAGACAAUGACACUGAUUCCAUUAGGAGUGAUGACAGUGCUGAAAAAAAGAGCAUAUCAUCCGACACAUCUGAUGAGUUUGACAACGAUGAAUGCUCAAUGACUGGUGACCUAGAGGAUACACAGGAGCUUCCCGUCAGUGCCUGGGUGACGCCGGUGAAAGAAGAGUUUUUGAAGAAGCUGACUUAUGCCAACAUGAAAAGAAAUCUACAAGAACAAAUACGAUAUACACUCCGCAACAAAAAACAGGACGAUCUAUGUGAGGAGUUGGUCACGAUGUUAACAGAUACUCUCAAUGUAGAGCUGAGUGAUGUAGGGCCUGAAGAUGUCCUGACAAAAAGCCAGCUGGAAAUGUUACAACACGCACUAACAGAACGGGCUCGGCGUAUUCUUAAGACAAGUCACAUGAAUAGGCUGGAGAAGAGAGUGAUGAGAGCCAUUGAGAAAACACUCAUUGCCCCGCAGGUGCAAGAACUAGAAGAGGGUGAGCAUGACUUCUGGACCAAAUUAAUCGAGCGGUAUUUGAAGCCUAUUGUUGACACUAAGGCACAUGAAGAGGAGGUCACCAGAGAGCUGAAGUCACUGCGCAACAAGGCUGUCUUCCUGUAUUUCAUCAUCAACGUGCUGUGGGUGGUAGCUACCUUCUUCCUGCAGGCCAUUGGAAAUGAUGUCAUCAGCAUUAAGAUCCCUAAAUACUAUUCAAAUGGAAGUUUAUCUGAUGAUGUCCUCAAGGUGGAGCCUCUCAGUUUGAUGUUCCUGUUGUCUUUUGCUAUUCUUCUCCUUAUCCAGUUCCUUGCCAUGUUAUAUCACAGGGUCUACACACUGAUCCAUGUGGUGUCCUAUCGCAGCACAGAGAAAGACUACAAACAGAGUGGCAAUGAGGAUGAUGGUGAUGAUGACCUAAUUAUGGAGAACCACAGUGCCAAUGGACUCUCCAUUACCAGUGAUGACCUGUAUAUGUAACAUUCAACAUCGACAUUUUAAGCACAUCAACCAGCACACACAACCGGGGACACAAAAUGGGACACUGGAAACCAGACAUAAUAGAAUGAAUACAUGUUGCUUGGCAGAUCUAAAUGAGGAUGUGAAGUCACGUUUUUGCCUAAACAUAUCUCAGGUUGGAGUGUUUUUUAUGAUAGUAUAUGAUAUAUAUGAUAUGGAGUAUUUUAUUUGAAUAUUUUUGAUGUUCUAUUUAAAGUAAGACUCAUUACAGACUAAUUAAUUGUACUUAUCAAAAUCAGGGGUCUAAAGACAUAAUCUUGUAUGUUAGACAGGUUGUACAUCCCAUGAAAUAAAAUAAAACAACAAAUUAUCAGGAAGUUAAUGGAAAAAUGUUUAGAUUAGAUUAGAUUUUUUUUGUCCCAUAAGGGAAUUUGAUUUGGACACAGACAGUGACUGCUAUGUUCAUGUUCAGGCCUACUCUAAAUGCUUUCUAGUGUAAGUUAAUGUGUUAAUAAUGUGUUGAGGAUGGCAUCAUUGUAAUAGUACAUAUAAAAACUGCACUUUACAAAGAGAGAUGUUUCUCAAAAAUAUAUAGGUAAGCUGCCUGGGAAACUACAUGAUUUAAAUUUGUGGAUUAUCUAUUUGUAUCAUAAAUCAAAGACAUAACUGCAUAUGAUGUCAGAAAUAAAGCCUUUUAUGUAUAAAAUUUGCAAAAUGUAUUUAAACAGCUGCCUAAAUUGA